GUCUAUUUUGUCGCUUCCCUUGGCAGUUCUGGAGCCGAUGGAGAAGCGGGAAAAGGAAACAAAAGAAAAACGAGAAGUGAGGUCAAAAUCGGUAAUUAAAGAGUCGAAGGGCGCGUCCGAAGUUCCUGAAAAGAAACAGAAUUCCCGCUCCUUCAAGCUUUCAAAACAAACCAUCCCUCCAAACACCUCCCCGCUCUCAGAUCCCAAAAAUAAUUAUUAAUUAUAAAAAAAGUUUUAUUUUGCAGUAUUUCAAUUCAAACAUCCAAACCCGCCAUUACUGCAAAAUCUUCCCCCUCUCUCUCCUCUCUAUAAUUUCCAUCUCUCUCUCUCUCUCUCUUGAUUAUGGCGGCGCGGUCGCCUGCUUCGACCGUGCCGGAGUCUUCCAAGCACCACGCUUAUAGCCGGAAACAGAAGUCUCUCGGCCUCUUGUGCUCCAAUUUCUUGAGCUUGUACAAUCGUGACGGCAUUACCUCCAUUGGCCUCGACGAUGCCGCUUCACGAUUAGGGGUCGAACGGCGACGGAUCUAUGACAUUGUCAAUGUCUUGGAAAGCGUUGGGGUAUUAGCGAGAAAGGCAAAGAAUCAGUAUAGUUGGAAAGGUUUUGAGGCUAUUCCUAAGGCUCUUCAGGAGCUCAAGGCUGACGGCUGGAAGGACAAUUGCAAUUCCUUUGACGGAAACGAGUAUUCAAAAGUAUCCGAUGACGAAGACGAUGAUACUAAUGGGAGUCAGAAUGACAAGUCAAAUCCUGGUUUGAAUCCCAAAUCUUCUGCCUCCUCGAAAACAGAACAUAGAAGGGAAAAGUCUCUGGCUCUUCUUACUCAGAACUUUGUGAAGCUCUUUGUCUGCACUAACGCGUGCUUGAUCUCCCUUGACGAAGCUUCAAAGUUGUUGCUUGGAGAUGCCCACAACUUGUCAGUGAUGAGAACAAAAGUUAGAAGGCUGUAUGAUAUUGCGAAUGUGUUGUCCUCCAUGAACCUAAUUGAGAAGACGCAUACGGUAGACACCAGGAAACCUGCAUUCAGGUGGUUGGGAUAUGGAGAGAGCACUGAGAAUUGUGGGUCUGCUCACAAUUCGCUUACCACGGAGUCCAGAAAAAGAGCUUUCGGAACAGAUGUUACAAACAUCAACUUUAAGAGGAGUAAAGUGGAUUCAUCAAUAGGUGGGACUUUGAACUCGAACUUCAAUAAGCAGAAGCAAGUGAAAUACGAGAGUUUUGUACAUGAGGUUGAUAGAAGCAAUGUGGAAGAGGAUCCAAAAGAUGGUUCAAAGAGCUACCAGUUUGGUCCCUUCUCACCAGUCACCGUAGCAAGAGUCGGUGCCUCCGAGCAUAGCAAUCCAAGGAGGUUUCAUGACUGGGAGAGUCUUGCUUCUGCGUAUCAGCCUCAAUAUCAAAACCAAGCUUUGAAAGACCUCUUUUCGCAUUACAUGGAAGCGUGGAAAUCAUGGUACUCCAAAGUCGCCGGGAAGAAGCCAAUUAAAAUUUCUUGAUCAGUUCUACGUAUUAUAUCAACUCCACUUGAUUAGUUAGGUUGUUUAAAGAUAAUUCUUUAGUGGGUGUCAUUUGACGAAGUGAUGGGCCAUUGUUGGACGCAUAUCCUCUAUGCACCAACUUGGAAUCGCCAUCCUCACUUGGCUAUUAUAUUUACACCAAUGCUUUGACAUUUCCACAAGUUGGCUGAAUUGCUUAUGGAUUGAUUGGAAUUUGGAAGUUAGAGGAUAAACUUUUCAUGUUAUUUUCUAGAUGCUGUAUAGGUUAAUA